AUGGGCUGUUUCUGCGCUGUUCCGGAAGAAUUUUACUGCGAAGUUUUGCUCCUGGAUGAAUCCAAGUUAACCCUCACCACCCAGCAGCAGGGUAUCAAGAAGUCAACUAAAGGUUCUGUUGUCCUUGACCACGUAUUCCGUCACAUAAACCUCGUGGAGAUAGAUUAUUUCGGGCUGCGUUACUGUGACAGAAGCCAUCAGACAUACUGGCUGGAUCCUGCAAAAACCCUUGCUGAACACAAAGAACUGAUAAACACUGGACCUCCAUAUACUUUGUAUUUUGGUAUUAAAUUUUAUGCAGAAGAUCCAUGUAAACUUAAAGAAGAAAUAACCAGAUAUCAGUUUUUCUUGCAGGUGAAGCAAGAUGUCCUUCAGGGCCGGCUGCCCUGCCCCGUCAACACUGCAGCUCAGCUGGGAGCUUACGCCAUCCAGUCUGAACUUGGAGACUAUGACCCAUAUAAACAUACUGCGGGAUACGUGUCAGAGUACCGUUUUGUUCCUGAUCAGAAGGAAGAACUCGAAGAAGCCAUAGAAAGGAUUCAUAAAACUCUGAUGGGUCAGACUCCAUCUGAAGCUGAACUGAACUACUUGAGGACUGUCAGGUCCCUGGAGAUGUAUGGUGCUGACCUCCAUCCUGUCUAUGGAGAAAACAAAUCUGAGUAUUUCUUAGGAUUAACUCCGGUUGGUGUUGUUGUCUACAAGAAUAAAAAACAAGUGGGGAAGUAUUUCUGGCCUCGAAUUACAAAAGUUCACUUCAAGGAAACUCAGUUUGAACUCAGAGUCUUAGGAAAAGAUUGCAAUGAAACCUCAUUUUUUUUUGAAGCUCGAAGUAAAAGUGCUUGCAAGCAUCUCUGGAAAUGCAGUGUAGAGCAUCAUACAUUUUUUAGAAUGCCAGAAAAUGAAUCAAAUUCAUUGUCAAGAAAACUCAGCAAGUUUGGAUCCAUGAGUUAUAAGCACCGGUACAGUGGCAGGACAGCUUUGCAAAUGAGCCGAGACCUUUCUAUUCAACUACCCCGGCCAGAUCAGAAUGUGACAAGAAGUCGAAGCAAGACUUAUCCUAAGAGAAUAGCACAAACCCAGCCAGCUGGAUCAAAUAACCUAAACCAGAUAACUGCGAUGAUGGAAAAUGGAGAAAAUGAAGGAACAACUAAAAUUAUUGCACCUUCACCAGUAAAAAGCUUUAAGAAAGCAAAGAAUGAAAACAGCCCUGAUACCCAAAGAAGCAAAUCCCAUGCACCGUGGGAAGAGAACGGUCCUCAGUGUGGACUCUACAACUCUCCCAGUGACCGCAGUAAAUCACAAAAGUUCCCCUACACGCGUCGCCGAAACCCUUCCUGUGGAAGUGACAAUGACUCUGUACAACCAAUGAGGAGAAGGAAAGCCCAUAAUAGUGGUGAAGACUCAGAUCUAAAGCAAAGGAGGAGGUCACGCUCACGCUGUAACACAAGCAGUGGUAGUGAAUCAGAAAACUCUAAUAGAGAACACCGGAAAAAGAGAAACAGAAUACGGCAGGAGAAUGAUAUGGUUGAUUCAGCGCCUCAGUGGGAAGCCGUAUUAAGGAGACAAAAGGAAAAAAACCAGGCAGACCCCAACAACAGGCGAUCCAGACACAGAUCUCGUUCGAGAAGUCCUGAUAUCCAAGCAAAAGAAGAGUUAUGGAAGCAUAUCCAAAAGGAACUUGUGGAUCCAUCUGGAUUGUCAGAGGAACAAUUAAAAGAGAUCCCGUACACUAAAAUAGAGACGCAAGGUGACCCAAUCCGUAUCAGGCAUUCUCAUUCCCCACGAAGUUACCGCCAGUAUCGCCGGUCCCAGUGUUCAGAUGGAGAGCGAUCCGUUCUUUCAGAAGUGAAUUCAAAAACGGAUCUCGUACCACCACUUCCGGUGACCCGUUCUUCGGAUGCUCAGGGUUCUGGUGGCUCUACAAUUCAUCAGAGACGAAAUGGGUCUAAAGAUAGCCUGACAGAAGAAAAAUCUCAGACAUCUACAAGCAAUCUGGCUGGAAAAUACACAGCAAAAACAAUAAAAACUGUCCAAGCUUCACGCCUCAAGAUAGAGACUUGA